GGACUUUACAGAUCACCGUAAGGUUCUGUCAAGCAGGUAGUUUAGGACUAGAGAGAAUAAUCACACAAAACAGCAGUGAACAAAAGGAAAAUACCUUUCAAAGCUUCUUUAAUUGAAAAUUAAUAUGGAGGCUAAGGAAGACGAUCCACCCGUAGUGACUGAUCAGAACGAAAAAACGCCAGACAACCUGGAUGCCAAUGAAGAUGACUAUAAUGAUGAUUUUGAGGACGAAGAAGAUGGCGGCACCGCGGAGCAGAGAAGUGAAAAUGAAAACAAAGGAGAAACUGAAAAUAAAGAUGAGGUCACCGAGGGUGAAUUGAGUUACAACACUAACCAUGUCGAUGACAGGGAAGGCACAGAGGAUCAAGCAAACACGCAGAAUGACGAGGUGGAGAGAAAAAGUCUUCGUGGUUGUGAGAGCACGACUGUUAACAAAACAGGUCUACAAUCCGACAAUAUAAGCCCUGGUUCAGACAGUCCGAGUAAGAUGGAAAACGGUGGACUUUCUACAGAUGAAGACAUCCAUAGAAAUAUGGAAACUCCUGCGGACGAGUUUUUUGCCAAUAUCCCCACAGAUGACAGAGACUACAACAGUGAUCUUGACGAUGACAAGUUUGAUAAGGCCGAUGAAAAAAAUGGCUCACCAAGACGGCUGUCCCCAUCAAAGCAGAGGAAAGACGAAGACACCAUUUCUAUCAUGUCCUCUGUGUCAUCUGUUUUUGAGAAUGGUAACAUUCUAAACGAUCUAGACGCAAUCGUUGAAACUUUGCAAAAUGAUAAGGACAAAAUCAACUUCGAGGAGACAGCGGAGGAUUACAACGGAAUGAAAACGAGGCUUCAGUCGGCAUCAAGAACCUUGAAGAAAUGCGAGAAGUUCUCCAACAAGUUGUCUCGCUCCAUAACAACCCUGAGACAAUGUCUAUCUGAUGUCAAGAUGAAGGUGAAAGGGGAUGCCUUGUCUAGUGAGUCAGCAGCAGCAAGCAAGGCGAAAGUUGAUGCCGCAAAAGCCGUUCUUGCCCAGGCAGCCUUGGACCUCACAGAAGCCAUUAAGGCGGCGGCGGAAGCAGAGGUGGUGACAGCCGAGGCGUCGGUCGCGGCAGAAGAGGUAGUGCGCGAGACAAAACACGUCGCUGAUGCUUUAAAAGAUAUGGAAAAUGCUCAUGAAGAAAAUAAUAAAAAAGGAGAUGAUUCCGACAUGGCAAAUGGUUUUUCAGACAAAGACAAUAAUGGAACGGCCAGUCCUAAUCCAGUUGAAGAUGAUGCUAGUGGCAAAGAACAGCAGGGCCAGGAUUCUCUGCGAGAUAUCGGUAUAACCUCACAACAAGAGGAAAACAUCCAUGCUUACGAUGAAGUUGAAGGCGAAUUCGGUGAGGACAAAAACCCAGACGAAACUCCACGUUCAGAAACUGAAGACGACACGACGCCAAGAUCCGACCACGUGUUGAGUCCAGCACCGGAAGGCACAGCUGAGGAUGAUGGUACUCCAAGGGAAGCUGGGAACGGUGACCAAGACAGACUAGGGGCUAUUACACCGUCACCACGCUCACCUGAUCAUAGUCGCCCUGUGACACCUGCCAUCACGGUGACGGGACCACAUGCCAUCUUCAACCAAUUCACGUAA